AUGGUUCUGAACAUCCCCGGUGUGGUUGCAGUGGUGAUUUUCUACAUCCUGAUUCUGGGCACAGGGGUGUGGGCUGCCCGAAAGUCAAGGAAAGCUGAGAGGAAGAGCCAUGGAGACCGGACGGAGGCGGUGCUCCUCGGAGGCAGGAGCAUCAGCCUGCUGGUCGGGAUUUUCACCAUGACCGCUACCUGGGUUGGAGGUGGAUUUAUCCUGGGUUUGGCUGAGGCUGUGUACUCUCCUAAAAUGGGCUUAAUAUGGGCUCUUAUGCCUCUACAAUACUCAGUGUCCUUCAUUAUAGGUGGUAUUUUCUUUGCAAAGCCAAUGAGGGAUAAGGAGUAUGUCACCAUGAUGGACCCUUUCCAGAUAAAGUAUGGCAAAGUUCUCAGCACUGCUCUGGUGCUGCCGGCGCUGCUGGUGGAUGUGCUGUGGGUGUCCUGCACUCUGCUUAGCUUAGGAGCCACUAUGACUGUGAUACUGGACCUGCCCUACACCUAUUGUGUUUGGAUCUCAUCAUCUGUGGCCAUCAUCUACACUUUGUUAGGAGGCCUUUAUUCAGUGGCCUACACUGAUGUCAUCCAACUCUGUCUCAUUUUCUUCGGUUUGUGGUUGUGUGUCCCCUUCCUGCUGCUCAACCCGUCAUCUACUAACAUUGCCCAGACUGCUUUCAAUCACACGUUCCAAGAACCCUGGGUCGGCACUCUGCGGCUGGACCAAGUCUGGAAGUGGAUUGAUGACUUCCUAAUGAUCGGUCUUGGUAGUCUUUCAUUUCAGUGCUUCCACCAGAGGACGCUCUCUGCCUCCUCCUCACGUACAGCCCAGCUAACCUGCUAUGCUGCUGCUCUUUUCAUCGCCAUACUGGGAAUCCCUCCAGUCUUAGUUGGGGCUAUUGCCGCCUCUACAGACUGGAACCUGACUCAGUACGGUUCCCUAUCACCAGACGGCCGUGUUAAGCCUAGUUUGGUCCUGCCCCUGACUCUACAGUACCUCACUCCGCCUUAUAUCUCAAUCAUUGGAAUCGGAGCAGUGGCUGCUGCUGUGAUGUCAUCAACAGACUCUGCCCUGUUGUCUGCAACCACUGUAUUCUCUUCAAACAUCUACAAGAACAUCCUGCGUAAACAGGCAUCAGACAAUGAGAUGCAAUGGGUGAUUUGGAUGACAGUGGUGGUGGUGGGUUUGGUUGGGACCUCCAUAACGUUCUACACCAGCAGCCCCCUGGUCCUCUGGGUUCUCGGAGCAGAUGCCUCCUACACCCUAAUAUUCCCCCACCUGGUCUCUGUGCUCUUCUUUAAAGUGACGAAUGGUUACGGUGCCACGGUGGGUUAUAUCACAGGGCUGACGCUAAGGAUUUUGUUAGGGGAGAACAAUGUAGGUCUUCCUGUGAUUCUUCAUCUUCCUGGUUGCACAUUGGAAGAUGGCGUCUACGUCCAGAAGUCUCCUAUCAGGACGGUCACCUUGCUCUCCACUUUGGUGACCAUCUUAGUUUUUUCCUCAUUGGCUUCGUUCGUCUUCAAUCGUGGCCUGUUGCCUGAGAGGUGGGACGUUUUCAAAGUAAAACGUAAUGUCACUGUGUCACCCGUGGAUCCCGUCACUCAGAAUCUCAAAGAAGAAGUUGGGAGUGAUGCCGAGUGUGACGAGAACCGACAUGCAGUGGCCUUACAGCCAAUACUGCAGACUGGAUCGUAA